UAAAAGACAGCUGUAGCCCCUGGGUGUGCUGUGCUUCCGUAACGCUUAAAAACUGCUCACUUCAGGCGGCGUACCGUUUAUCGACUUCUCCGGUUUGUGAAACGCUGCAACAGUUGUGUUUUUUAAGCCGAGCCGUUUGUUUCCUCACACGCGCUGUGUUUUUAAAUUGAAGCGCAUUCAGUCGCUGCAGUCUUUAACGAUUUGGGGGCUUAUAUUUGUAUGCACGGACGAGCCGAUCAUUUUUUGUCUGCGUUGAUGUUAAAGGAAAGCUCUAUGGAAGAUCUCUUUUGCUGAAUGUGUGAAUGACUACUUCUGUAUCUUCUGUUGAUACGAUCUAGUGGGUUUGACCCACACAUGGACUUAGUGGACAAGCCUAAAACAUCUCUAACUUUAAGGCUUUUGGACACCAAGGGCUGAUCAUCUACAGAACACAUAGUUCUGGCUGCAGCUGUACGCCUCAGGCUCAGCUCUGAUGUUACCGGCUGAAACGGGUCGACUGUGAGAGGACGAUUUCCCUCAGCUAUGUCUACCUUUGAGACAAUCUGGCCUCCGGGCACCGAGUGUGUGGCCAGGUACAACUUCCCUGGAACGGCUGACCAGGACUUGCCUAUGUGCAAAGGGGAUGUCCUUACUAUAAUUGGAGUAACUAAGGAUCCAAACUGGUACAAAGCGAAAAACUCAGCAGGACGAGAGGGUACCAUACCAGCAAACUACGUUCAAAAGAGAGAAGGAGUGAAAUCGGGCGGUAAACUGAGCCUCAUGCCAUGGUUCCAUGGAAAGAUCACACGCGAGCAGGCCGAGAGGCUGCUUUACCCCCCAGAGACAGGCCUCUUCCUGGUGCGUGAGAGCACAAACUACCCCGGCGACUACACCCUGUGUGUCAGCUGCGACGGCAAGGUGGAGCAUUACCGCAUCAUCUACCACAACGGCAAACUGUCCAUUGAUGAGGAGGAGUACUUUGAAAACCUCAUGCAGCUCAUGGAGCACUACACUAAAGAUGCAGAUGGACUUUGUACCAAACUUACCAAACCUAAACUCAUGGAGGGGUCUGUGGCGGCCCAGGAUGAGUUCUCGAGGAGUGGCUGGGCUCUGAAUAGAAAAGAACUGAAGCUUAUCCAAACUAUUGGAAAGGGAGAGUUUGGAGAUGUGAUGGUCGGAGACUACAGAGGCAAGAAAGUAGCAGUGAAGUGUAUCAAACAUGACGCAACAGCACAGGCCUUCGUUGCAGAGGCUUCUGUCAUGACGCAAUUACGGCAUACUAACUUGGUACAGCUGCUGGGGGUGAUCGUGGAAGAGAAGGGCAGCCUCUUCAUUGUCACUGAAUAUAUGGCCAAGGGUAGUCUAGUGGACUAUCUGCGCUCCAGAGGACGUACUGUUAUUGGUGGAGAUUGUUUGAUCAAUUUCUCAAUGGAUGUCUGCAAGGCAAUGGAAUAUCUUGAGGCCAAUAACUUCGUGCACAGGGAUCUGGCAGCUCGUAAUGUUUUGGUGUCAGAAGACAACAAAGCAAAAGUCAGCGACUUUGGCCUCACCAAGGAAGCAUCAUCUACUCAAGAUACAGCCAAACUCCCUGUUAAGUGGACUUCACCUGAGGCCUUAAGGGAGAAGAUGUUUUCCACUAAGUCAGAUGUAUGGAGCUAUGGCAUCUUACUGUGGGAGAUCUAUUCCUUUGGUCGGGUACCUUAUCCAAGAAUUCCACUGAAGGAAGUUGUCCCGCGUGUAGAGAAGGGUUACAAGAUGGACGCCCCAGACGGCUGCCCAGCUGUGGUGUAUGACAUCAUGAAGGAGUGCUGGACUCUGGACCCUGUGGAGCGUCCUAGCUUCAGAGAACUGAGACAGAAACUUCAAGAUAUCAUAGCCAAUGAGCUGUACCGAUAAAAGACAAAAACUAACGGAAAAACACAAGAAGAUGACCUUCACGGCACCAUUCCCAUACAAUCUGACCAAAAUCUACUCUUAAAGCAGUGGACUUGGAAAAACAUCAGUAGAAAUGUAUUUUGCUUUUUUUCCCCGUCGUUUUCUUUGCUUUGUUUUCAUGGCUUGAUUUUCUUAAUUUUGGGGAGGCUGGCCUUCUCUACAACAACUCACCUCUUUUUGAUUUAUAAGAUCUUCAGCCUCCUCUGAUAUGUCCUCAUACGCUCCAUUAUUUUGGACUUUUGAUUAGCAAAUAGGAUAUUCUGCCAAAAAAAAGAGAAAAAUCAGUUAAUAUCAUCAGACAAUAAAUAUCAUGAGGAAUGCUAUACGACAAAACAUUCAGCAUCCAUAAGGCUUGUAACCAAGAACAAUAAUUGGCACUUAGGGAGACCGUAUGCUCAACCCAAACUGUUUUCCGUUCCAGUAGCCAAUGAAAUACACCAGAGAAUCUUUCUUCCAUUUCACAGUGCCUUUACACCAGAAAUCUGUCUCGCCCCAGAGCUUGUUUCUUUUGAUUUUUUUAAUACAUUGUUUAAAAGUGCUCGAAUUUCCUGCUGUCUUGCUCAUCUUUUCAAACCUGUGUCAGUCUGAGCCUCAAAACCGGAAAGGAUGAAUAUAAACUUUGUGGGCCUUUUAAAAGAGAUGUGACUUGUGUGGAAGCCAGAAUGCUUU